AUGAAACCCAAAGUCAUGGUCAACACAUUCGACGUGCUGGAGCCCCACGCGCUCAAAUCCAUCGACAAGUACGAGCUAAUCGGAGUGGGGCCGUUGAUUCCUUCCGCCCCUUCCGACAAGUCAUUCGGCGGCGAUCUUUUCGAAAAAUCCGAUGACAACAACGUAGAAUUAUGGCUCAACUCCAAGCCGGAAUCGUCGGUUGUUUACGUGUCUUUCGGCAGCAUUCUCAAGCUACCGAAAGCGCAAAUGGAGGAGAUAGCGAAAGGGCUCUUAGAAUCCGACAGGCCGUUUCUAUGGGUUAUACGAAUAAACGAGGAUAAAAAGAAUGAAGAGGAGAAGGAGAAAUUGAGUUGUUUAGAUGAGCUCGAAAAGAUAGGAAAGAUUGUACCUUGGUGCUCGCAGCUCGAGGUACUAACGCACCCUUCAAUAGGUUGCUUUGUGUCGCACUGCGGGUGGAAUUCGACUCUGGAGAGCUUGUCUAGUGGAGUUCCGGUGGUGGCUUUUCCUCAGUGGACCGAUCAAGGGACGAAUGCGAAGUUGAUAGAAGAUGUGUGGAAGAGUGGGGUUAGAGUGAGAGGACUUGGUGGAGAUGGGGUGGUCGAGAGUGGUGAGAUAAAGAGGUGCAUUGAGGAAGUGAUGGAUGGUGGCGGUAAGAGUCGGGAGUUGAGAGUGAAUGCUCGGGAAUGGAAGUGUUUGGCGAGGGAAGCUAUGGAUGAGAAUGGGAGUUCUUCUAAUAAUUUGAAGGCAUUUCUUGAGCAAAAUUGA